CGCUAUUGAUUCGGGUUACGGUGUGAGCCGGACAUUUCACGGUACUCAAAGAUCAUCUGACGUGGUAUUCGAUGUUGGUGUUGGAAAGCCUGCUAAGUAGGCGCGAGCAUGAAUUGAGCAGAGGAACUUCCAGAAAGAUGCCUCUUAGGUUCUCGCGUUAUCAAUGUAGGAUCAGCAUUCGCUUGGUGAGACCCAUGCUCGUUGAGACGUWCAUUUCGCAGUAACAAGAACUUCCAAAAAAUAGAACGAAGUUUUUUUUGUUCGCUUUUCUUUCGCUCUUKCACAAAUWAAAAAAAAUGUGCAAUCUGUCAUUUGCAGGUGUUGGGUGAUUCCGCUAGCGAUUUGAAUUUGAGUUCAGGAUGGAAGGUGUUGUUCGAGGUCCACGACGACAAUCCGAAAUAAUUACUGAGGUGUAUGGCUCAUCCACUCGUGURUCGAAUGUGGCGGGGACAAGGCUGUCCCUCAUCAGCAAAGCGGACUGGGAUCACCCCGGGUCUUUCGAUGACGGAAACAUGUUCGCAUCCGAAACCACCAACCUACUGGGAAAGGUUGAAUCGCCCUCCAGCAUAGUACUAGAUGCCACAGCAAAUAAYAAGGAUGGAAUUUCGUUUUUGGCCGAGGUUCCCGCGAUCAUCGUUACUCUYAUGAUAAACUUUAUGACCGCCAUCCCRUUUGGGGUUGCAUACUUUCCCUUGGGAUGGGCUGGCGAUGGCAGCGAAGCGGUAGAGAACGAUGACAGCACCGGAGCUGUCUCCGGGCCCUUUCCUUUGCCAGGAAAGGAAAUCCUGGGUAUUCGCAUGUUCCUAUUUGCUUCCAUUACAGGACAGAUCGUGAUGGCGUUAGCCUCGAAAUUUGGUAGUCCGGUCUCGGUCCAGCUCAUCGAAAACGUUCCCUUCUACCACGCACUUGCUAGCAUCGUUAUUGCCGAGCAGGGCUAUGGGAUAGAAGCUCUAUCUACCCUCUUUUUUCUCUUUGGAUUGGGUUCCAUAGUGACGGGCCUUAUGUUUUAUGGUUUGGGAAAGGCCGGUUUGGGAAAGGUCGUCUACUAUUUUCCUAGUCACGUCUUGGUUGGAUUCAUAGGGGGGAUCGGUGUGUUCAUUGUGAUUUCGUCSAUCGGUGUCAUGACCGGCAAGGACUUUGAGUUCACAACUGAGGGUUUYCAGGAUCUGGCGGCAAACUUUUGGAUGUUUGCCCCCGCCCUUGCUUUCGAGAUUGUGCUAAGGAUUCUCAUGGUUCUCCUCAGGAAUGAAGACGGAAAGCCGAAGUUCCAAUUAUUGGCACCCCUUUACUUUAUUUCCAUUGUUCCGAUGUUCUAUGUCGCCCUCAUCACCUUUGGAAUUAGCAUGGACGAAGCGACAGAUUGGGAAMUGUUUUUCCCCGCCGCCUCAACGCCGGAACCUAGCGAAGUUGGGUAUGUCUCUUCGUUUUCGGAACGCAUACUUGAUAGGCACACCCUCGACAUGUUUCGUGUCAUCCAUUUCAACACCGUGUCUUGGACAGCAGUUCGAAAAAGUCUGGCCACAAUUGUUGGGAUGGGCUUCUUCUCUGUCAUUAAUGCACCAAUCAACAUCCCAGCCUUUGCAAACACCUGCGGCGCGGAUGUCGACAUGAACAACGAGCUCAUAGCUCACGGCUACUCAAACAUCCUGGCAGGUUUUUUUGGAGGAAUCCAAAAUGUAAUGACGUAUUCUAUUUCGGUCCUCUUUUACAAGUCGGGAGGAAGAAGCAAGGCGGCCCAGCUGGUAUUGGUAGUCGGCAUGAUAAUAAUAUUUGUCUUCGGGCUUUCGACCAUGCCCUACAUUCCCAAAUGCAUGGCUGGGACACUCUUGUUGCAUAUUGGUGUGGAUCUAUUCAUGGAGGGCGUGUACGAUUCCUUCGGAGAUUACGACAAAUAUGAAUACGGAGGAGUAAGUGCUGCGACAUAAURCAAUGAACGAAAAUGAAUGAAUCACAUACGGCAUUUGUUUAGGUUACCGCGAUUUGUUUUGAUCUUGCGACUUAUAUUUAUMAAUUAUUCUCGUAUUUGGACAGGUAUGGGUAAUUACUGCUGUCAUGACGUUCAUGGGGAUGACACCGGCAUUGCUGACCGGAAUUAUUGUCGCCUUGGCGACCUAUGCCCUGCAAUCGGUCCAGUACUUGGAUCCCAUCUUCAAAAUAACAAAUGCGUCGACGCUUAAAAGCAGCGCCUGGACGAGACCACCCGAAGCACUUGCGGUUCUUGAUUCUAUCUCAACAGGUCGAUCGAGAAUUAUGGUCAUUCAAUUGCAGGGCAACCUGUUUUUUGGGAACGUUGUCGACAUGGGAGAUACUAUCAAGGAUGCUCUGGCCAGACAAAAGCCCAUUAUUGUAAUGAUCGACUUUACCCUCGUGGUAAGUAUGGAUUCGAGUGCUGCACAAGCUGUGAACAAGCUAAAGAACACAAUGCACAAAAACUUCAAUGUACAGACGAAUAUUUUUGUCAUGGGCCAACACAGGGAUUAUUUUCCUUGUGAAUAUGGCCUAUCGACGGCCAUACUGGAAGAGGGACUGGACGAAGAAGCGGCARAUGUCCUGGAGCUCAUCCCUCGGAACCAGAUUUGUAAGGAUUUCGACGAAGGCCUCAUCUUUGCGGAGGACAUUUUGAUCACUCGUGAAGAUCCCACGAUGCUCAAGAGAGAUAACCUYAUUAAACAUUCUCUAGAGCUCAAAGGUGACAGUCUCACGGAAGAGGAAGAGAAUAAUUUGGCUGUCCACUAUCUUCGAAAUCUCAUCAAGCCCGGCCCCUCUUGUGACGAGAAGCGCGACGCCAUCACGUUUCUCUCGUACUUUCAGCGAGAAGUCUACAAAAAAGGCGAGGCCGUUUGGAAACAAGGAGAUAAAAGCGACAGUGCMAAGCUCGUCCUUUCUGGAAAUCUCGUGGCAUCUAUUCCAGCCUCGGACGUGAGGGAGGAAAUCCCUCGUGGCGUUGUGAUUGGAGAACUUGGCCUCAUCGAUGGAGUAACAGACCGCCUCAGCACCGUGCUGUGCGAAUCCGAUCGAGCCGUCAUCUAUAGCUUGGAGAAAAUGGCAUGGGAGAAGCUCAUCCAAGAGGAUCCGGCUGUCGCACGAGUCCUCGAUCAAAUUGCGAUCCGCUACCUUUCUCACAGGGUGCAGCGCGUUAGCAAUCGGAUUGUUUCCACGAAUUGCUUGCCCGUCUAGCGAGCAUUGCGUUGUUCUAAUGUUGWCCUUAUUUCCGUAUUUCGAAAGAAGCAGAAUCAUCAUGGAUGAAAAACUUGGUGAACAGUGCACGACCAGUGUCGUUUGAUGCGACGGCAAACGGAUCAUAUGAGAAUAUUUCAUGGUACGAAGAUCUUCUUUCAUCAAAUUUCAUUCGGUACGAUAGAAGAAUGCUUUCGUUACUGUGAUUUCUUUUUGAAAAUGAUAGUCCGCUCUCGRUUAUUUCUUUUGUGGAAAUGCUUGUCUCAGACAAACGCCGCUAAACUUAUGGUAGAAUUUUKGCUUAUCACAUGCACAACA